UACUUCCUGUAUUUACUUCCUUGUUUUUUACUGGGUACUAACAUGACAAACUACCUAGAAAAUUAGAAGCACUUCUCCACUUAAAAGCAACAAAAUGUUACUUCCAUGUAAUACAUAAUGGCAGAACGUAAGAGAAAGCUGCCGUUACGCAAAGGUGACCAAAAUGCAAAUAAUCACGCGAAUGAAAGCAAAUUAACGGCUGAGAGCAAACAACAGAAACUGAAUGAGUCGGAGCAAAGUGUUUACUUCAGUGGUAGUCAAACUAAUACUACUAACCGGCGGAGAAGACUGGGAGAGGAUUUCUUCUCACAACCAUGCGUCCCCUUGGCCAAAGCUUUCCUCGGCAAGGUGCUGGUAAGGCGUUACAAGGACGGCACAGAGCUGAGAGGCCGUGUGGUGGAGACAGAGGCGUACCUGGGCGGCGAAGACAAGGCAUCGCACUCCGCGGGGGGAAAGCGCACAGAGCGGAACACAGCAAUGUUCAUGAAGCCCGGCACCAUUUACGUGUAUCCCAUCUACGGCAUCUACCUCUGCAUGAAUGUGUCUAGUGAAGGCGACGGCGCCGCUGUGCUGCUGCGCUCGCUGGAGCCUCUCCAGGGCCACCCUGUCAUGAGGAAACUGAGGGCCGCCAAACGCAAAGAUGGGGCCCGGCCCCUCAAGGACAAAGAGCUGUGCAACGGCCCUUCCAAACUGUGCCAGGCCCUGGACGUCCCGCGGAAUUUUGACCGCCGGGACCUAGCGUCCGACACGGAAGUGUGGCUGGAGGACACAGAUCCCGUCGUGGGAGACACUCAUCGUGAGGACGUGGUGGCAGCGCCGCGUAUCGGCAUAGAGUCCCACGGAGAGUGGGCCAAGAAGCUUCUGCGUUUUUACCUCCGUGGGAACGCUUACGUUAGCGUGGUGGACAAAGUGGCGGAAAGGCAACAGAACCAGUCUGACCUCAACUGUAAGCAUACAUAAAUGGACAAAAGUGUUUAGACGCAGAAUCAUCAAGUCAUCCUUAUACUCCUGAUUUUAAACAACAUACUUAUACCUUAAGGGCGAGGUGGUCUCUUUUUAAUAACCUUCCGUACUUUGGGUUUGAGUGAACUUGGGCUCUCAUUGAUUCCACAGAUGUGUGGAACGCCUUCGCCUCCCCUUCAAAGCGCAAAAACAGCCCGUCUGAUGUCUUUAGUCGUCUUCCCACCUCCGGGAUCCGCGAGGUGGACGUAUGGAAAGUUCAUUACACAGCGUGUGCCCCCUCCGCAAUCCAAAGACAUCUGGCCCCCCCAUCAUUUCCACUUAUCUGAACAUUUGAGGCAUCUUGACAUGGUACAAAAAUAAUUUAUGGGUUGAAUUUAGUUCAUAAAUGAUCAUAAAUAAACUUUCUUCAUGUUAUAAAUCAAGCUUUUCUCUGUCUUUAACUCAUUGGCUGCCUUUGACGGUGAUGGACGAACCAGUUGCUCUAAAAAUAUAAAUAUUUUUACAUUGACCACAUAUGUAUAUAGUAGCUUUGGCAUAUUAUCACCACACUUCAUACUGUUUUAAAAACCUUCCUGUGAUUUCAUAAAUUAACUCCGGCGCU